UGGAAGGGCUUUAGGGUGACCUUGUAAGGUGCGCUCCUCAUCAUCUUUAUGUCUGCGACAGUCUCUCGAUUCUCUCCCGAGAUGAUCCAAACAAUUCAAACUAGAGUAUCUGAGUGCCCGUAUGGGCUCGAUGCUUUACCUUCUGUCAAUCCACUGAAUAAUCUACAUCCGUCAUGUUGUCGCGAACUAUAUCUGAUCCCCGUUCUAGGUAGCGAAGUCUGGUGUCAUCUCUGGCCGAGUGA